AUGACGCAUGUUCGAGUUAACGAAGGGGUAUUGGAAGGCGAAUUAGUAAAUAAUGAAAUUGGCGGCCAAUUUUAUAGUUUUAAAGGAAUUCCAUAUGCGGAAGCACCAGUUGGAGAUCUCAGAUUUAAGGCUCCACGGCCACCGAAGCCAUGGAAAGGUGUGCGUAGCGCUAAAGAGUUUGGACCCAUCUGUCUUCAAUACGAUAUGUUCGUAAACAAAAUAUGCGACGGCAGCGAAGACUGUCUGUACCUCAACAUUUAUAGCCCGAAUAUUAAACCGAAAAACCCUUUGGCGGUAAUGGUCUGGAUCCACGGAGGGGGAUACAUAAGUGGUAGUGGGAACGAUGACUUCUACGGCCCCGAAUUCCUCGUUCGCCACGGGGUCAUUCUUGUUACACUCAAUUAUAGACUUGAAGUCCUAGGUUUUCUCUGUCUAGAUUCCGAAGACGUACCAGAUAUAAAUUCUAAGGCCUAUAACAUGAUCAACAUAGUCACAAAAAUGUGGACGGACUUUGCGAAAUCUGGAAAUCCUACGCCUGAUUUUAAUUCUGAUGAAAAAUGGAUUGCUUACACAACUGAAAACAAAGCAUUCCUGGAAAUUGGUGAAAGAUUGGUCGCACAAUCGGCCCCAGAAAAAGAGGAUAUGCUGUUCUGGGAAACCUUGUUGAAAGAGUAUGAGCAGUAUUUAUGU